AUGUCUUUGCGUAAGGCAUCUGGAGGAACCCAGAUUGCCUCAGUGACACUCGCGGCAGCCGCUGCGAAGAAGAUGCUGGAAGAGCACGGGAAAAUCAAGAUAGGCGGGAUCAGUUGCUGUAUCAGGAGGGUUGAGAGACCGAUAAAGUGCUUAAAGUGCGGGUACUACGGACAUCUCGCCACAAAGUGUACGAGUGCAGUCGAUCGGUCUAAGCUCUGCAUCAAAUGCUCAGCUACCGAGCACAAGGCUUCAGAGUGCACAGACAAACCCCGAUGCGCCUUGUGCAUUGAGAAAGGCAACACGGAAGACUGUGCUCACAUUGCUGGCAGCAGUAAAUGUCCAGUGUAUAAGGAGGCACUCCAGAAGGUGCUCAACAAGCGACGAUAA